CAGAAGCUGAUGCCUGUUAUCUUUCUCUCCCAGGAUAAUCUGUACUCUUAUCUUCCACCAAUCAGGACCCGCCUCAGUUCACAAAAUUCUUCUGGGGUCUGAUAUUAUCCUUGGCGCUGUAGGGGGGAUUAGAGUUAAUGGUUUUGCCAUCACUGGAUUAGUGUUCAGUCAAGUGGGCAAGAAUGGAGGCUCGGGUGUCUGGACUUGGGGUAGUGGUAUUGCUGAUGCUGUGUAAUAGUUUCUGUGUAGGAAUACCUUACGAUUUGUUCUAUUCUUAUGGCCAGCAAUUUGGCGAUGAAGUGUUGGAACGUAGCGAUGAUGUGAGCUCUAAUGAGAUAAUGUUAGAUACGCCUGUUGUCUUCUAUGACCAGAGAUAUAACAGCCUUUUUAUCAACAGUAAUGGACAUAUAUCCUUUGACUUUGAGGUGCCGGUUUACCAGCCCACUCUUACACUACCCUCAGAUUACAAAUUAAUUGCUGUGUUUCUCGCAGACAUAGAUACAUCUGCAGCGGGAAGCGUAUAUUACAGACAAACACAGGAUGAAAAUUUAUUACAAAGAGCAUCAUCAGAUGUCAAAGGUCAUUUCCAAACUUACAAGGAGUUCAAGGCCACAAAUCUGUUCAUUGCUACAUGGGAGGAUGUUGGAUUUUAUGAAAAAAAUAACACAAAGUUCAACACGUUUCAAAUUGUUCUGGUGACUAAUGGAUCAGAGACCUUUGCUAUUUAUAACUACCUGGAUGGAGGAAUCAACUGGAUUACAAGUGAGGGGAAAUUCAACGACAUUAUUCCGGAUCCCCCGGCUCAGGCAGGGUUUGAUGCUGGAGACAGUAAGGAACAUUAUAAGCUCAAGUACAGUGGGACCAGCGAGGCCUUCCUGUUCGCUAGUGCUUCAAAUGUUAAUGUACCUGGCCAGUGGAUGUUCAACAUUGGAAAGUUGAAUGGUGGGGGGAUUGGUGAGCCUUCAUUUGGAACAGGAGACACUGGAGUCGUGAUUUUUGAGCCGACCACAGAGACCUGUACAGAGGGAACCAAACAGUGUGACCUGAAUGCCCAGUGUGUGGACUACCCCCUCGGCUACUGCUGCAAGUGUUUGGAUAAUUACUAUGGCAACGGAAUCAGCUGUCUAGAGAUGGGAGUGCCCCAGCGAUUGAAUGGAAAGGUUUAUGGAGAAUUGAACGGAAACCCUGUAGCUAAUCUAGACAUGCACGUAUACAUUGUGACGCGUGACGGGAGAGCCUACACUGCCAUUAGCCGCAUUCCCACAGAUUUGGAGGGAAAUCUGCGAUCGUUGGUUACCAUCGGAGGAAUCAUGGGAUGGAUGUUUGCGCAGACUCAACAUCCAGACGCCAAAAAUGGAUAUAUGUUGACAGGCGGAGUUCUGAAUCGUACAGCAGUAAUUCGGCACUCUACAGGAGAACAGGUCCAGAUCAUUCAAAAAUUCUUCGGUCACGAUGCUCAGGGUCACAUGAGACUCGAGACAGAAAUCCAGGGCAGCGUCCCAGCAGUCCCCGUCAAUUCUUCUAUCACCCUCAGUGACUACAUUGAGGAGUAUGAACGAGUUGGAUCAGGAACCUGGCAGUCCGUAUCUACAGGGCGUUAUGUGGUGAACGGAAUAACUCGUCAGUAUGAACUGGAUCAGACAAUCAGGUACGAGGAAUGUAAAUACAACACUGAUCCUCAGCCGGAAGUCCUGAGGUUGACGGCCAGCAGGAAUUACCUCAGUUAUGAGGAGAAUCAGAAUAUAGUCCGCUACACCAUGACGGCGAAAGUCGGAGUCAGCCGAAUAGGUCUUGAUCCAUGCUUAGAGGGCGCCGCUAGAUGUCACCCAUCUGCUGAGUGUAUUCCAGAAGGAACUGAAUUUAGGUGUCAGUGUCGCACAGGAUUUCUUGGGGAUGGAACAGACUGUCAAGAUGUGAAUGAAUGCACAGAUAACCCCUGUGACGUGAACGCUGACUGUUACAACCUACCUGGCUCGUUUGAGUGCACCUGUCGCUUUGGUUUCACAGGAACUGGUCUACAGUGUCAACGAGAGGUGAGAUUAUGUGGUGAUGACGUUUGCCAUCCCAAUGCCCGCUGUGUUUUCAACAGCGACAUUGGCCAACCCAUGUGUGAAUGUAGUGCUGGUUUCUAUGGCGAUGGAAAAAAUUGUUCUGCUCUAGUAUUUGAGUGUAACGAGGCCCCCGAGGUCUGCCAUCAGGAUGCCGAGUGUGUCUACGAUUACAACGAGCAGCGGUACAAGUGUGAGUGUGGGGAGGGGUUCAGUGGGGAUGGACUCGUCUGUGAGACCAUUAGUGGCAGCCAGUGUGAGAGGUGUCACAUCAACGCUACGUGUGUCUUCAACAUCAACACGUUUACUCAUGUCUGCCAGUGUAACCCAGGCUUUACUGGAGAUGGGAGAUACUGUUCAACAAUUGAGGUUCCAGACAUUUGCAGACGUUGUAGUGAGAAUGCCGAGUGUUUGUUUGAUGUGUCAAAACAAAACUACACCUGCCAAUGUCGAUCUGAUUACCGUGGUGACGGAUUUAAUUGCACUCAGGUGGACUGUCGUUAUGAACAAAUCUGUGAUCCCAAUGCAGACUGCAUGUAUGAUCCAUUUGAACUGAGGCAUCUGUGUCUGUGCAGAAAUGGAUUUACAGGGAAUGGUAUGACUUGUGAGCCUGAGGGUUGUGAAGUUUAUAAUGAUUGUGAUGUGAACGCCCAGUGUCUCCCUGAUCCUAGGUAUACCAAUAGGUAUGCCUGUCGCUGUAACCAGGGAUACCGGGGUGAUGGGAAAUACUGUCAACGAGAGGAGAUUUCCUGCAACCAGAUAAAUAACUGCUCCCCUUUUGCUGAGUGUCUGUACAACCUCUCUGUGGAUUCCUACAGGUGUCGCUGUAGGCCAGGCUAUGAUGGUGAUGGAAAAACCUGUAUCCCUAGUGGUCACAAUUGCCAGAGAAAUCCUACAGUGUGUGACCCCAAUGCCAACUGUGUUCCUACUGGAGACAUGUAUAUGUGUGUAUGUAACUCUGGCUUCAGAGGAGAUGGCAAACUUUGUUAUAGGACAAGCUCUGAGGACUAUCUAUUACUGUCUCAGGGUAAAACAAUCAGUCGUGUCAAUAUGGACCAAGAUGAUGGACCAGGCCAACUUAUUCUUUACGAACCUGAUCAGCUGAUUGUUGCCGUGGAUGCUGACUGUGCUGAUGGCAGCAUACUUUAUACUGAUGUGGUAGGAGGAAAUAUUUACCAUGCUUCUGGAAACGGUUCCAAUCUUAACGUCCUGGUAUCAGGUCUGAAGUCCCCCGAAGGUCUCUCCAUAGACUGGGUGUCGCGAAAUAUGUACUGGACAGACUCGGAGAUGGACUGUAUCGAGGUGUCCAGGCUAAACGGAACGUCCAGAAAGAGGCUCUUUAAUAAGGAGCUGGUCAAUCCAAGAGCCAUUGUGGUCAACCCACAGAGAGGGAGAAUGUAUUGGACAGACUGGAACCGUGGAGCCCCUAAAAUAGAAGUGGCCGACAUGGACGGCACAAACAGAAAAGUAUUCAUUGACUCUGACCUUAGUCUGCCUAACGGUUUGACCCUUGACCUUUACUCCAGUCAGUUGUGCUGGGGAGAUGCAGGUACAGGAAAAGUAGAAUGUGUAAGAGAGGAUGGAGUGGGGCGUGUUGUUCUUACUGACUCCGCCCCUUAUCCUUUUGGCAUCACUUACCAAGGAAACAGUGCGUACUGGACUGAUUGGUCUCAGAAUUCUGUGAUGGAGGUGAGUCGUGGGGGGAGACCUACAAAUUCUCUAGAACUUCCUGUUGGAGGAAAUGGCAAGCUGUAUGGCAUCACCAGUGUGUCGUCAUGUCCCACAAUGAAUAAUGCCUGCUCCUUGAACAAUGGUGGAUGCCGGUUCCUAUGUUUACCCACACCUAAUGGGGGGAGGACCUGUACCUGUCCUGAUGAUAUCUCCGAGCAAAAAUGCAACGAGAUUUCCGUCAUCAGAAAGAAAAAGUAGAGAAGGGGACCAAAUAGUCACAAAUACUCAAGAACAUGAGAGACAAUGAACAAGGAAACAUGACGUCACUUAGAACUCAGCAAGUGCCAAAGAGACUUUAUAAUGAAUUAUGGUGUAUUUAGUUUGUCAUCUCAUUGUUGUGUUAAUAAUACGUGGUAGCUAGCAGUAUUCAGGUUGUCUGGGUGUCUGUAGUGUUGGCGAGAGAAAGAGAGAGAGUGAGAGUUACAAAAUGACAGGAUGACAAAAUUGUCAUUUAUUUAGGAACAGAAGCCAUACAAAAUAAAUUUUAUUCUUAUCUCCAGACAGGAUGUGUGAAAAAAAACUCUUUUUACCACACUUGUAACUGUAUCAAAAAUAUACAUGUAUUUAUAAAUGAAUGCAACAUAACCAGAUAUGUGAUUUUAGUGGGGGAAAACAUUAUUUUUCUUAAAGAGUUAAACAUUAGAAUAAGUUUUUUUUCACUCAUGUUUUGCAAAGCUUAAAUGAUCAAUUUAUUUUGUUGGCUCAGUGUUAUAUAGUCAAAUACUUGUAGACUGUCAUUAAAUUUCUUUUUAUAGAAGAUGUAUUUGAUGCUUGUGUUAAGUGUCAUGGUUUGAAUGUUUUAUUUUUCUUUUCAAAGAGCAAACAUAUUUUGUUUUAUUUUUUAUUUGGAUGUAGACACUCCUUUUAAUAUGAGACCAGAGAGUUAUAAACAUAUGUAUAGUACUAAUGUGUGUAUUUAACUGGAACUUUAUUUUGAGUAUGAACUCUUUCAUUAAUAAUUCAGUGUUAGUUUGAUUCUUAUCUCCAUCUUUAUCCACAAAAUCAAUGAAAAGUUGAUAAAAGAUCAAUUCUCGUCAGUCACACCUGAGCUGGUGACAGGAUUUGUUGAACAUUCAUUAAUCCAAUGUUUUUAUUUUUCUCAUAUUUCAAAAUCAUUUCAUUGACGUAUUUCUCUAUAUUCUGUGAAUUAGGUUUUCGAAAAUCAAUGUAUAACAGCUGACCACUGCCAGAAAAGGCAAUAAGGUGAAUAAAAUUAUUAAUUAUUA